ACGUUAAGAAUUACCUAUUUUCUGUCUUUUGUUACCUACUCAUUUUACUUUUAAUUUACUUAUAUUAAAACUGACAAUUGCAGGUUACCAAUUUACUUAAAAAUGCACGAUUUAUAUGUAAGUUUUUACUUUAAUUAAAAUAAUAUUUUUUUUAAUUUUUAAAACAAACGGAUUAUUUGUUCUGCAGGUAUUAUGUAAAACAGUAUGCAAAGGUGCCUUGGACAGUUUUAAAGGCAUAACGUCAGUAAUUUUACCAAGCAAACCUCGGCCAAAGAAACUUGUUAGACCAGUAAAUUCACCCAAGUAUAUAAUUUUUUUACAAUCAUAAAUUAUAAUUGAAUAAAGUAUAAAUUAAAUUAUUAAAAAUUCAUACCUUUAUUUUAUUCAUCCCAUAAUAACAACAUUAACAUUUAACUAAUACCUAUUUGGCUUUUGUGUAUGACAAUGCCUUUGUUCUCUAAAUAUUAAGUAAUUAGAUAAUAUUGGAAGGUAGGUAUUGAAAUAGUUAAGAAUAUUUAUAAAUUGUAGUAACAGUAUUAUCCUUAUGUUAGAAAUAGAUAGCAUUCAUAAAUAAUUAUAAUAAUUUAUUAAUUUCAUCUUGAUAUUUUAUCAAAAAUGUCUUAAACUGUUAAAAUAUUAAGUUAGAUGAUCAGAAAAGUAUUGAUUGAAUAUAAAUUUUUAAUUAUGUAUGUUUACUACAAAAUUACAAAUACCUUUAAAUUUUGUAUUGUAACUUAUUGUUUUAUGAUUUUUAGAACUUAGGGUUUUAAAUCAAAAUGUGUUAGUCUAUGUCAUAAUUAUAGAUGUAUUCAAUUUUAAAUGUUUAUAAAUGAUAAAAAAAACAUUUAAAAUAUUUUAAAUUUUGUUUAUUUAAUUUGUAUUGUUCACAGCUUAUUAAAAAAUACUUUUUUUUUUAGAGAUCAAAAAAUGUUACAACGAAUAAUUCAAUGUUGUACAUUAAAUGGUGGCAUUUUUUGUUUAAGUAUAGUAAUUUUUGAAUAUAUUAUACUACCAGCUCUGGGCUCUAUCAUGUCAAUAACCUUUGGAAACUUCAAUGAAAAUAUUUGGUUAUGGACUCGAUCGUUACUGUCGUGGACGUUUGGAGCUAUCUGGGUGUUACCGAUAUUUUUGCUAACCAAAAUAAUCAAUAGUCUCUGGUUUCAAGUAAUAUACAGUUUUAAUUUAAUGAUUUUAUGUCUAACUAAAAUAUCAAUAAUUAUUUAUCAAGGAUAUCGCAGAUAUAGCAUAUAAACAAAAAAAAGGUGAUCCGCAACAGUUAACAAGGAUCAGUAAAGUGAUUGCUGACUUUUCAUUCAGUCUAGUCGUACAAUUUUUAUUUCUUAUUCAAGUGAGUGCUAAAAUUCAUUUUACAACACCUCUCAUAAUUUUCAAAAUAUUUGGUAUUUGAACAGAUGCUUUUUGAUGCAGAUUCUAAAAAUGUUUAAAUUUUUUUUUGCUAAACCAUUAUUAAAGAAGUUAUGGCAAAAAAUUUUGAAUUUAUCAUUUUUGUAAUAACCUUUUAAAUAAUAGUUUCUGCAAAAAAAAAAAUUAAAUAUUUCCAAAAUCAACAUAAAAAAAUACAACUAAAAUAAUGAAAUAAUGUUGAAAUUUGUAAGGUGUGUAACUUUACACCUUACAAAGUUAAUUAAGGGCAUUUGUUCAUAAGUAAAAUGUAUGAUUGUUUUUUUUUAUAUUUCAGACCUAUUUAGUAAGUAUGGUGCCUUCGACAACUCUCAGUACAAUUUUAAGUGUUACGCAUUUAUCAUUAUUAUACUCACUAUAUUCUUUUGAAUACAAAUGGUGCAACAUGGGUAUGGAGCUAAAUUCUAGAUUAUCAAUCAUUGAAAAUUGUUGGCCAUAUUUUCUUGGAUUUGGUCUUCCGCUAGCAGUCAUUACGUCAUUGCCAGAUUCAUUUAUCAUCAGGUAUAUUUUGAGUUAUUGAUUCAAAUGAAAUAAUAAUUACACAUUUUAUUUGAUAUUAAUUUUAUUAUUUUCAGCGGUUGUCUAUUUUCGAUUUUAUUCCCUGUGUUCAUAAUCAGUGCUAAUGAAGUUACUCCAUCUAAAAUAAAAGUAUUUAGGUGUGUAGGUUUUUUUUUUUUAUAAAUUUAAUAUCAUACUUAAUCAAACAUCAUUAAUAAUUUGCUUUUCUUUAAGGCUAAAAAUAUUUGCGCCAGUGCUGUCCAUAACUAGUACCAUAUUUAAUCGAUCCAUUGGUCCAGCCAUAAAAGCUCCUACAAGUACUAUACCCAAAGCUCAAAAAAUACAUAAAUAAUUGAACACAAUUAUUUAAUUUGAUAUAUUUAUUAUUAAAUAUUUUUUACAAUACAACAUAAUUAAAUACCUACUCAGUUUACAACAAGUAUGUAAAUUGGUACUAAUAU